AUGAGCAACGAUCACAAAGCCUCUGACAUUGAUGAAGAAUGUCGUGUCUUUUACCUCACAGUUGAUCCUUUUGCGAAAAUGCAUUCUAUCCCUAGCCUAUUCUAUAGAAAAUACAACCAUUUCUUGGACGACAAGCUGCGAGUUGUAGACACCAAUCGGAACGAAAUUACCCUCAGGAUAGCUAAGGGAUACAACACUGCCUAUAUUAUGGAAGGCUUAAACUUCUUGGUCCAACUUUAUGGCCUCAAACAAGGGGGAACCAUCAAGCUCCGCUACCUUUUCAGGGACAUCUUUUAUGUUAUUAAGGUUAGGGAUGAUAAGAUGGCAAGCCUCCCAAUUCUGUACCACUAUAUGAAGGGUCGUUUAGAUGACAAUUUCUCACAUAAGGGCAAACAGGUUAUUCAAACUGACCCUUUAUUUGAUGAGAUUGAGCGAUUCCACUAUGGAUCGUACAAAGUAAACAAGAAGAAGAAGAAGAACUCUGCUAAAGUCACCAACAGGCAGACGAACAACAAGGACCGUUACGGUGAGCAUGCAGUGCCUGUUAAAGGAAAAACUUUCUUUAAAAGGACAAGCAAUACUAAAGCUCAUGAUGUUGCUUUAGAGAUUCCAAAAUACAAGCUAAUUGCAAAGCAUUUAGAUAUUGAUCUGAAUGUUGUCCCACCCGUUGAUGAAGAGGACGUCAAUAUGCAGGAACCAAUUGGACAGUUAGUGGAUUGCCAUGGAUGUCCUUUUGAUUUUCCUGGCUUCAAUACUGGACCAUUCGGCUUAUACUUUCCAAACAACUUCAGCAUCAACGCACCUUAUUAUUCUUUUGUACGCGAGUUAACCAAGCAGGACAUACAGUGCUCCUACCUGAAUGUUCCUACUAAUUUUGCAAUGCAUGCCUUUCCAUCUAGAUUUUAUCAUGUUUGUUUACUCCAGCACGGCGGGUUUCAAUACCACAUGGGACUCCGCUGGAAGAUGACACCUGUGUUCAUCCAAGUGGAUCUUAAUACAGGGUGGAGAGGUUCAAGCAGGACACCAAUACUUCCCCUUAAGAGAAACUCAGCCGUGCUUAUGCGCGAAUCGUCUUCAUCACGGCAAUCGGACACGUCAAUCGAUCUAUCCUCAUUAACAAAUUUGGUUGAUCAUUCUCAACUGCAUGGGACUAGAAAUGACAUUACUGCAUCCAUAGAAAAAAACUACCCCACCUUUUCCCACCCGAGGCGUACUCCUCUUGCAGACAUAUCUAACGUUCACCAAAGUAGCCACCAAGCUUAUGAUUCCAGCGUUGGAACGAUUCAGGAAAUAUAUCCCGAUCGCUCAAACGGUUGUAUGGAAAAUCUUCCCAAGAGCUAUAAUACCAACAAUAGACCACCCAUUGAAGUUGACAUUGGGACUAAUAACUGGAUCCAAUGGUUAUUUGAAAUUCGUUAUGGCACUAAUGAAACAUUUCUAUUGCAUUCCCGUUUCUAUAUUUGCAUCAGCGCAAGUCAAAAUGCAACCAACCAUGUAAGGAGGCAUAUCGAGACCAUCAACAGUUGGUGCACAAUGUGGCAGCUUUUCACGAGGAAGAUGUGGAAUUCAUCAUCAUGUGACAUGCCAUUUCAAAUUUCAGAUGCUUGGGAUGCAGGUGAUCCAGUGCACCGUUGUUUGUACUGCAAUGCAUCAAUGUGGGAAGACGAGAAACUAUCAAAAAGUAGGAGAAAUACUAUACCGAAAUUUGGACUAUGUUGCAUGGAUGGUAAAGUAGAACUUCCAAUACUAAAAAUGGUACCACAAACACUGCAGGACCUACAUAGUAUGAAUAACGACAGAGCAAGCUUAAUUCCUUCUGACAAUAAUAGGCCAAGGUUUGCUCAACUGUAUAUAUAUGACACUGAGAAUGAAGUGCAAAAUCGGGUAACAGCCGUGAGCUCUAUGGAAGCAUCAAAUAUUGUUGACUAUCAGAUUGUGACUGAUCUUAAAGAGAUGUUAGAUGUGCACAAUCCUCUUGCAAAGACCUUUCGGUUUGCCAGAGAUAGAUUUGCAGAGGGUUCAAACCCAAAAAUCAAAUUGAAGCUAAUCAGAAAGCGGGAUAAGGAUGGAAGAGUAUAUAACUUACCAACUGUGUCUGAGGUUGCAAUUUUAGUUGUAGGGGACAUUGACGACUCAAUUCUUGAGAGGGAUAUUAUAGUACAAUUCAUGUCAAACAAGUUGCAAAGGAUUGAUGUUCUACAUCCGUUGUACUUGGCUCUUCAAUAUCCUUUAUUAUUCCCUUACGGAGAAGAUGGUUUUAGGGUUGGCAUCCAAACAUCCGUUCGUUAUGGACUUGAUGCUAAUAAGAAACGGAAGACUAUCAGCAUGAGGGAGUUUUUUUCAUACCGAAUACAAAUGCGAUGCAAUGAAUCACCAAUACUUUUACAAUCAAGGAGAUUAUUUCAGCAAUUUUCAGUUGAUGCAUAUACUAUGAUCGAGGCAGAACGACUUAGCUUUAUUAGGCACAAUCAACCAAUGCUAAGGGUUGACAAGUAUAAUGCACUACAUGAGUCUUUGGUUCGGGGAGAGGCGAAUGCUGUGUCAACUGGGCAGAGGAUAAUCCUUCCUAGCAGCUUCACUGGAGGACCUAGAUACAUGUUUAAUAACUGUAAAGAUGCCUUUGCAAUUUGCAAGUAUGCGGGUUACCCAAGUUACUUUAUCACCAUUACAUGCAACCCUGAGUGGGAUGAGAUUAAGCGUCUUUUGAAAGAUACCAGAUUCAAAGCAGAAGAUCGGCCUGACAUAGUUUCAAGGAUUUUUAAUAUCAAGCUGAGUCAAUUGAUUGCAGACUUCAAGCAAGGAAAGUUCUUUGGCAAAAUAUCUGGCUACGUGUGCACAGUUGAAUUCCAGAAGCGUGGUUUACCGCACGCUCAUAUACUGUUGUUCAUGAAUCCUCUAUUUAAACCAAAAACACCUGACGAUAUAGACAAGCAUAUAUCAGCAGAGAUCCCUGACAAGCAUAGCAGGCCUAAGCUAUAUGCAGCCGUUGAGAAGUUCAUGGUCCAUGGUCCAUGUGGCAGGCAUAACAAUUCCAGCCCAUGCAUGUCCAACGGUCGUUGCUCUAAGUUUUUUCCAAAACAAUUUAGAUCAAGGACUGUAAUUGAUGAGGCAGGAUUUUCCAAGUAUAGAAGAAGAGACAAUGGCAGAACAAUCAUGAAGAAAAACAUAGUUCUCGAUAACUCAUACAUAGUCCCGUACAACCGAUCGUUGUUGCUAAAGUACUGUUGCCACAUCAACGUUGAGCAUACAUGUCAAACAUCGGCAAUAAAAUAUCUUUUUAAGUAUGUUCACAAAGGAAAUGAUCGUGUCACUGCUUCUUUCUAUCAGAGCAACGAAGAAGGGCAACUUGAAAAGGUUAUUGAUGAGAUCAGGAAUUAUUACGAUUGCAGGUACAUAUCAGCCUGCGAAGCUGUUUGGAGAAUAUUUGGAUACGACAUACAACAGAAAGAACCUUCAGUCAUUAGAUUACCUUUUCACUUGCCGGACGAACAUCCGGUGGUUUUUAGAGACUAUGAAAACAUAGUUGACGUCAUUGACAGGGUUGAUGGCAGGCCUACAAAGAUGCUAGCAUGGAUGCUUGCAAAUAGGUUGUUUCCGUUUGGUCGUACUCUUACAUAUAGCCAGUUUCCAAAUAAGUUCGUCUGGAAGGAAGACAUUUCUUUGUGGAUGCCAAGGAAACAAGGAUUCUCAAUCGGCAGACUUACUCAUGUUCCACGAGGAAGUGGUGAAGAUUAUUACUUAAGACUUUUGCUCAACAUUCAAAAGGGGUGUGUAAGUUUUGUUGACAUACGUACAGUUGCAGGCGUUGUGUACAGCACAUUCAAGGAAGCAUGUUACGCAUUGGGCCUUCUGCAAGAUGACAAAGAAUUUGUUGAUGCCAUCUUAGAAGCAGGUAAUUGGGCUUCUGCAAACUACAUCCGUGACCUUUUCGUGGUGCUCUUAUUGUCAAACAAUAUGGGCAGGCCUGAAAAUGUGUGGCAACAAUGUUACAAUGUUUUGUCUGAAGACAUUCUUUAUUUUCAGAGAAAAUCCAUACAGUCUGUAGAACUGCAACUAUCCGAAGAUCAGAUAAUGAAUCUGACACUUUCAAAGAUAGAGGAAAAACUACAGGCUAAUGGCAGAUCACUCAGAGAGUUUGAUGGGAUGCCUUUUCCAAGCUUUGGCACUAUUGAAGGGUUAGAUGAUCGGUUAAUCAUGGAUGAAUUAAACUUUGACGUCGAUGGUCUGCGCAAUCAGUUGGAUACGAACUUAACAAACAUGAACGUAGAUCAAAGGAAAGCAUUCGAUGUGAUUAUCAAUGCAGUAAAUGAAAAUCAAGGUGGCUUUUUUUUCGUCUAUGGGUAUGGUGGAACCGGUAAGACAUUUCUCUACAACACUCUCUUAGCAGCUAUAAGGAGCAAAGGGGAAAUUGUUCUGAAUGUGGCAUCUAGCGGUAUUGCUUCUUUGUUGCUUCCAAAUGGACGCACUGCACAUUCAAGGUUUAAGAUACCCUUGGACUUGAACGAGGACUCGAUUUGUUGCAUUAAGCAAGGCACCUCAUUGUCUAAGCUGGUUUGCAGAGCAAAACUUAUUAUAUGGGAUGAGGCACCAAUGUUGAAUAAACUGUGCUAUGAAGCUCUCGACAGAUGCCUAAGGGACAUUGUUAGGUUUGAGCCUUACUAUAAUUCAGAACUACCAUUUGGAGGAAAGGUUGUGGUUUUAGGUGGUGACUUCAGGCAAAUUCUACCUGUAAUUCCAAUGGGAUCUCGCCAAGAUAUUGUCCAAGCUACCAUAAACUCAUCUUACCUAUGGGAACACUGUAACGUAUUAAGGCUAACAAUUAACAUGCGUUUAACUGUUAGGGCAACUUAUACGUCACUCAGUGAUGUUUCUCAGUUUGCUUCAUGGUUGCUAGACAUAGGUGAUGGUAUUGCUGGAGAUUCCACUGAUGGUGAGUCUAUUGUGGUAAUUCCGGAUGAAAUUAUAAUUCAAGAUUUUGACCAAUUGGUUGACUUUGUUUAUCCCGACCUGUUGGUUAAUAUCAACAACACAUCAUUCUUCAAAGAUCGUUCAAUUUUGGCCCCAACGCUAGAAGUUGUCAACGAUGUAAACUCAUUUAUAAUGCAACGUGUGGAUGCCAAUGCGAAAACUUAUUUAAGCUCAGAUACUUUGUGUCUCGAAGAAGGAAACAUGGAAUCUGAAUUGGAUACGCUUACACCAGAUGUCCUUAAUGCAAUUAAUUGCUCUGGUUUGCCGCCCCAUGAGUUGACUCUGAAAGUGGGUCUUCCGGUCAUGCUACUACGUAACAUUGACCAGUCAAACGGAUUAUGUAAUGGAACAAGAUUACAGGUAAGGAGAUUAGGUAACCAUGUAAUUGAAUGCAUUACGCUAACAGGAGGCAAAAUGGGCCAAGUCGUCCUGAUACCGCGGAUGAAUAUGAUUCCCAAUAACCAGUCUUUGCCAUUUAGAUUCCAACGGAGACAGUUCCCGAUCAUUGUUUCAUUCGCUAUGACCAUUAACAAAUCUCAAGGACAGACCUUAAGCACAGUUGGAUUGUAUUUACCAAGACCGGUAUUUACGCACGGUCAACUAUACGUUGCAUUAUCGAGAGUAACGUCAAAGAGUGGCUUGCGAGUGCUAAUUCAGAAUACUAGAUCAUCGUCGACAAACUCGACAAUAAAUGUUGUGUAUAGAGAAGUAUUCCAAAAUAUUACAUGA